UUAUGCUUAGGAAGUGUAAAAUUCUCUUAUAAUAUUUUAUUAUUGUAUUAGUGGUGGUGGUUAUUAUGAUGAGGAAGGCCAUGGCAUUAAGAUUGGAAAGUGGAUUGGUUUGGAUGAGGAAUUCUAUGAACAGAAACAAAUUACUUAUCAUGGUGACUAUAAAAACGGUUCUCUUCCAUAAAAUAGAUGUAUAAGAAAUUAAUUAACAUAUAAAUAUAAGUGGUGGAGGAUGCUAUGAUGAAGAAGGUAAUGCUUAUACGGUUGGGCAGUGGAUUGAUUUGGAUGAAGGAUUUUAUAAAGAGAAAUAAAUCACUUAUCAUGGUGAGUAUUUAGAUGGGAGAAAAAUUGGGAGAUGGAGCACUUGUUUGGCUUCAGGAGAAUAAAUGUAUUAGAAAUUAUUGAAAGCUUUAGUGGUGGUGGGUCAUAUGAUGAUAAAGGUGAGGGCAUUAAGAUUGGAAAGUGGAUUGAUAUAAGUGAUAGAUAUGAUAAGAAUUUUGAAGUAAUUUAUGCUGGAGAGUAUAAAUAUGGUAAUAAGGUUGGUAUGUGGACUAUUCUUCAUUGGAAUUUGUAGAGGGGAAAUUAUUAAUAAAUGUAAAAUAUAUUAAUAGAAUAUCAACUUUUAGUGGUGGUGGAUUAAAUGAUGAAAGAGGUGAUGGCAUUAAGAUUGGGAAAUGGUUUUAUCUCGAUCAAAGCAUAAAUUAACAACUAUAAAUAUUAUAUUGUGGUGAAUAUAACCUUGGUAAAAAGGUAGACAGGUGGGAUAUUGUUUUAAAGACACAAGGCGAACCAAACGAAUAGAUGUAAAAGAUUAUAUUAUAUCAUUAAUAUUAUUUUAGUACUGGUGGUCAUUAUGAUUAGAUUGAUAGUAUUAAAAUUGGGAAGUGGAUUGAAUAUAUAAAGUUUGAACAAGGUUCUAUAACUCAUCAUGGCAACUAUGAAAACGGAAAAAGAGCUGGCAUAUGGAUAGUAAUUUGGAAGGAUAAGGUGGAGAUCGCUAAAAUUUAGUAUAAAAAUUGAACAAAUUAUAAAUUACUUAUGGUUUUACUGA